CAGCAGUAGCAGAGCGUCAGUUCACACUUCCUCCAGCAGCAGCUCACUAGUUCACUAGUGCACUGCAGCCAUUUUGGAGCCGCAGCGCUGGAGAGAAUCUGUCUGGAAAAGGUUUGAAUCCAGAGGAGAGGGAUGUGGGAUCAGGGAGGACAACCCUGGCCGCAGUGGCCUCUGAGCCAGCAGCAAUGGAUGCAAUCUUUCCAGCACCAGCAAGAUCCAGGUCAAGUGGACUGGGCUGCCCUGGCACAGGCGUGGAUAGCACAAAAAGAGUCGACAGGAGCAGAGCAGCAGAGCAUUCAGCCCAAUGGCCAGGACAUCCCGGGCCUUGAACCUGUCGCCCAGAGCAACCAUGGGACCUUCCAGGGUGACCCAGCGUUUGGCAGAAUGUGGCAGCCAGAAUGGGGAAUGCAUGGCCAGCCCCCUCCUCCUCCUCCACCCCCUGACCAGGCCUGGAUCCCUCCAGGGUCAGGACCGAUGGAUGUGGUGAACCCCAGCGAGGACAGCAACAGCCAGGACAGCGUGGAGUUCAACUCUGAAGCCCACCACGGGGUUUACCCCCAGAACAGCCAUGGGUAUGGGGCACAGCCCGACAGCUACGCCUUGGCCCCCAUGGCCAUGAACCAGUUUGAUUAUCAGCAUGGAGCUGCUUCAUCCUUCGCUCCCACACCUACAGGCUUCCACUCCCCAUACUGGCAGGGUCCUCCUCAGAACAGACGAGAUACCAGACCGCCUGGUUUCAGGGACCGGCCUCGAUCACCUAUCCAGCUCCCUGUCAAACAGGAGGCCCCAGCAACACUAGAUGCUGUAAAACGGCGCACACUACCUGCAUGGAUCCGAGAGGGCCUUGAAAAGAUGGACAGAGAGAAGCAGAAGAAGCUGGAGCGAGAACGAAUGGAGAAGGAGCGUGCAGAAAUGGCAAAAGACGAUGGCAAAGAACACGAGACAGAUGAGGGAGGUGAUGGGCCUCGCAUACCCCGCAAGAGUAAAUUUGACAGUGAUGAUGAGGGGAACGAUGACAAUGACGACAAUGAAGAAAAGACUUCCAUAAAGAAGGAAUUUUCUGUCCGGAGUCCAUCGCCUCCUGCAGAGGACAGCGAACCUGAAAUGACUGAAGAGGAAAAGGAAUUCCAGCUGAUGAUCAUCACAAAAACACUUCUGACAGAGAUCCUUCUAGAGGUCACUAAUGAAGAGAUCCUGCACGUAGCCAAAGAGACCCACCGGAAAGCCACUCGAGCUCCUGCAAAACAGCUGGCACAGUCAAGUGCACUGGCUUCUCUGACUGGUCUCAGUGGGCUUGGUGACUAUGGUUCUGAUGAGAGUGGGGAUGAGGACGAUCGCAGCGUCCACGGGUCUGAAUCCUCCGACACCGAUGAGGAGGAGCUGCGCCACCGCAUCAGGGAGAAGCAGGACGCCUUCCGCCGCAAAGAGCGGGAGAUACAGCAGCUACAAGAAAAACAAGCACAAGAGGCUCUGCUUGCACGUGAAGAGCUGGUGAAGGAAAGAUUGAGCAGAGAAAGGGGGGAAUAUGAUGAGGGCCAAUCAGAGAAUCUACACAAACAGGAAGUAAAAGAGAGGGAGGUGGAGCCCUUGGUAGAAAGGCGUAGGUCCCGUAGUGAGAUAGAGAGUAGUGAGGGCAGGCACUCGGGCAGAGGGAAGGAGCGAUCAGGGAGAGGGGGCAGCGAUUCCCCAGCCAACGGUCACAGCAGCAGCUCCCGCUCUACCUCCAGCCACAGCAGCAGUCGUUCCUCCUCCUCCUCUUCUUCAACAGCAUCUUCCCGCAGUUCCUCUCGAUCCUCCUCCCCACGAAGGAAGAGGAGGCGUAGCCGCUCUUCAUCCUACAAGGCUCGGCGGCGUAGCCGCAGCCACAGCUCCCACAGACAUCGCAGUGAUCGUAGUGAGAAGGUCAGGGACAGGAGGAGGAGCAGCACAGACCGGUCAGGCCACCACAAGAGAGACCGCAGUGAUUCCAGAGAGCGCAGGAGCCGCAGGAGUAGAUCCAGGUCUAGAGAUAGAGACAGGGCUAGAGCCAGGGCCAGAGACAGCCGCAGUCGCAGCAGAGACAGAGAGAAGGAGAAAGACAAGGAUAAGGAGAGGAAAAGGAGCAGGGAGCGCAGAGACAGCAGUCAUAACCGCAGCAGCAAACACAAGCAGAAGGCCUCCAGCAAAGAGAGAGAGAGGAGGAGAGAAAGAAGCCGUAGCCAUGAGAAAGACAAGAAAAAGAAGGAUAAAGAUAGGGAUAGGGAUAAGGAGUCUGAUAAAAAGAAAGAAAAACCAAAGACCAAAGAGAAAGAAAAGGAGAAGGAAAAAGAGAAGGGCAGCUCUGUAGUUACAGAGGAGAAUGGCAAAUUGAAGAAAAGGAAAGAGCGUGACUCUGACUCACAGAGCGACAGGCACUCCCGGCAAGAUAGUAAAGCCAGCAAAAAGGGCUCCGCCAAAGCUAGCAAGAGACGCUCAGACUCUGAAUCAAGUAGAUCCCCUACACCUGAAGUUAGCAAGGAAAAAAAAUCUAAGAAAUCCAAACGUAGUCGCUCAAGGUCGACGGAAAAAUCUCACAAGUCUGGUAAGAAGGCAAGCCGCAAACACAAGUCUAAGUCGCGAUCAAGGUCAGCUUCACCCUCCCGUCGUAGCAGACGCUGAGGAGCACAGUUAACUCCCUGAUCUGUGCAUUUUACCAUUUUAAAUUCCAUGAGUUGAACAGGCUUGUCUCAUUAUAGAGGCAGUUGUGUAGGUGAACCCCCCUCAUAUAUUUCUUUCAUCUUUGUAAAUAUGUUGUUAUUUUUCAAGUGUGACUGAAGAACAAGACAUUUUGAAUGGUAGGAAUUUUCACUUGUAUCAUUAUGCAAUGCUUAAUAAGACCUGGUGGACACUAAAAACUCAAGUAUCAUUUUAAACCAUAACAGGAUUCACUUUUUUGCAAACAUUAUUGUAAGAUGUCCAAUAAAACUGUUUGUUCCUUGUCUUA